AUCUCCACUUACUGCACUUCAAAAUAUUAAAAGCGGAACAAAAAAAAAAAAAAAACCUAAGAAAAUAGAGUUAGAACUUGGAACUACCCAUUUUUUCUGUUCACCAAGUUCUAGAUAAUCGGAGAUAUGGCUUGGAUAACACGAUUCUUAACGGCGGUAGCUUUCUUGGCUGUCGGCGUAAUAUUCUCGCCGGAGACUUUCGGAUCAAAAUCGGAUGGUACAAAAUCUCCAAAUCUCUCCUCAUUCAUUAAGCUGGCUCAUCUCCUGAGCUUCUCAACCGCCUGGGGCGCUGCCCUUUGGGUCACUUUCAUCGGCGGUAUCAUCAUGUUCAAGAAUCUGCCUAGGCAUCAAUUUGGUAAUCUACAAAGCAAGAUGUUCCCGGCUUAUUUCUCGAUGGUGGGGGUUUGUUGUGCCAUAUCGGUGGCGGCAUUUGGUUAUUUGCAUCCAUGGAAGUCAGCGACGAUGCCGGAGAAGUACCAGCUUGGGUUUUUAGUCUCUGCAUUUGCCUUCAAUCUAUCCAAUUUGUUCGUUUUUACUCCCAUGACCAUCGAGAUGAUGAAGCAAAGGCACAAAGUGGAGAGAGAAGCAAACAUUGGUGAUGAAAUUGGAUGGUCGAAGAAUCAGGAAGCUGCAAAGACUAAUCCAAAGCUUGCAGCCAUGAACAAGAAAUUUGGAAUGAUUCAUGGAUUAUCUUCACUUGCUAAUAUUAUGUCCUUUGGCAGCCUGGCCAUGCAUUCGUGGUUCUUAGCCGGUAAGCUCAAUCUGUAGUUUGCAGUUAAUUUAGACAUAGAAAGUCCAAGUUCUAAAUUUGCGUUCUGGAUAUAUAGAUUGAAGUGAUUACCUGUAUUUUAUGUUUCCCCUUGGAUGAACUGUUCCGACUAUUCCUGCCAUAAUUAUGUAAAACUCAACCAUAUGGUAAUAAACAGAAUCUAGUCUUAUUAGUGCACUUAACAAA